UUAAAAAUACUUUUUUUAUAAAUACAUAAACAAAAUCAAGCAGUCUAUGAAAUUUUUUGACAGUCUUUCAAUCAAAUCUUCUAUACAAAAUUUUAAGUCAAAUUGCAUGUCUUUAAGGAAAAUUCAAAAAAAUCGUGAAGAAAAAUAUUCUGCUAAGAACUGUUAAAUUAGAAGUCGAUGCGGCACUUUAAUUUCCUUACAGAAAUCUUAUAAAAUCACGUCUUGAUGCAAUUGGAAAGAAGCAUAUACGUUGAAGAACCAGACUUGAAUUGUAUCAGGCCAUCUUUGCUUAGAAAAUGCGAAAGGGCUUGCCGAAAUUCACUAGUUAAUUAUUGUAGACCAUUAACUUAUUCAGAAUGCGUUGAAUUCAUUCAAAAACCAAUUAAAUUAAGUAGAGCUAUGGAUGUUCAAAUUGAUGAUCCUAAGCGAAAAACAAAAAAAAAAGAGAAACCACCAGAAGAAACCAAGCCUAAAAAAGUAGAAAAACCGAAGAAGAUCACAAAAGAAAAGCCUAAACAAGAAAAACAACAACAAGUUCCACAGCUACCAAAAGAAAAAGUUUCCAACAAUUCGUGUAGAAAAAGACCCUCCGAACAAUAUCUUUCUUGUUGUUCAUCAUGCUGUCGACAUUGUUGUGCAGAAAACGAAAAAGAAAAUGAAAAUGAAAAAGGAGAAGAAGAAGAAGAAGAAGAAGAAAAAGAAAAAGAAAAAGAGAAAGAGAAAGAAGAAGAAGAAGAAGAAGUAGAAGAAGAAUGUGCUCGUUUUGCUUCAUCUUUUUCCUGUAAAAAUGACAAGGGGGAUAAAACAUCAUCGCUUAAUCGAGAAGAUGAAGAUCCUUGUGAAGAUCUCUUUGAUUUGAUUCGAGAAUCAUUCGAAGAAGUUGUUAAAAAAGCUUUUACGGAUGUAUUUGUGAGAUAUUUUGCAUGCUGUAUUGACAAGAUAAAUAAACUUUCUUGUCAAGUUGGACAUUCUGAACAUGUCUUGAAGAAAUUCCAUCAGGAUUUGAAAUUCCGAAUAUCAUAUUAUGAUCGUCGCAGUACUGAAAAAAUGCAAACUCUUUGUGAAAUGAUAAAAAAAAAUAAACAAGAAAGAAAAAAUGAACAGUGCAAGUCAAAAUGUAAGACCUAUUGUGGUAGGCAGAAUGAAUCUAGUUCAAGUGAUAAUAAUUUGUUGAACAGACGUCAAACUGUGACACAUUUAAAUGCAUGUAAUUCUAAAUGCCCUAAUGUCUUUGGAUGUUCUAAGAACCAGAAUCAAAAAUGUGGUCAGAAGAGAGAAAAUGCAAGGUGUAGAAAUCCAUCAAGUCAGCAUCAAAAAUGUGGUCCGAAGAGGGAAAAAGCAAGGUGUAAAAAUCAUUCAGCUGAAAGUUCCAAUCAAUCUAUGCCAAGUGGUGAUGAAGUUUUAAUCGAAGAAUGUGAUUUCACAGAACAGGAAUCAAGAAACAGCCAAAAGCCAAAAAAACAAGAAAACAAGCCAAAAGUUCGUCAAAGAUAACAAAUUGAAUACAUUUUAAGCCAUGAAAGUAACAGAGGUUCAAAAAAAUAUAAACAAGGAUAAACUUGAAGAUAUGAGUCAAAUUGAAGGCACAGUUUUACACAAGAUUGGUGACACUUAAGUGCCCCGUGCUAGAUGGUAAUGGCCACUUAAGUAUCAGUUCAAUCUUAGCUGGUAAAAUUGUGUUUAUAAAUUUGUUUUGAGAACUAGUUAAGAACUUUUGUAAUUGUUCGAAGAACCUUUAUCGUAAGGAAAAAAGUCAAGGUUGGGCCAAAAGGGUCUUCUACACAUCAAGCAAUAUCGUUCUGGAACAGAACAGUACUAAUUUGAAGUUUCAUUUAAUUGGAGAUUUAAAGAAAUUCUUUGGUGACUUUCGGUUUGAACUAGGGUGUUAUUUGAUGACUUUUGGGCCUCAAUUCGACAACUUUCAAUUGAUCAAUGAUAAAUUUAAAAAUAUGGCGUUUUUAAACUUCGAUUGUAAACAUUGCUUCAUUGAUUUUUAUAAAUAUUCUUGAUAUUUUAAAUAUAGUCUUAUCAACAAUA